ACCAAACAUCGCAUCACCAUAAACCAGUAUAAAUUAACCGAUCGCAACAAUCAAAAUUCAUUGUGAUUUCUGUCUUCGUAUUGAUCACUUCCAAUAGAUUCAAGAGUUUCAAGUUAAAAUGGUUUCUUUACUAUCAAUUGUUGUGCUUUUAUCAACGGUUUUUAUGACAACUUAUGCCGAUGAAUGUCAACAAGCUGAAGAAAUACUCGAUAACUGUGGUCUUCACUUGUCUAUGAUUGAUGACAAGGAAAUACCGAUUCCAAGUAAUGACGAUGAAAUGAAAGACCAUUGCUCGAAAAUGUUCACCAAUCUUGACUGUAUUCGUGAUUUCAACAAGAAAUGCUUAAAGCCAUUCCCAAAGACGCUAUUUGGAAUGUUUGGUCAUGAUUUAAGGAAGGAAUUGAAACACCGAUGUGACAAACCAGAAGGGCGAGCUCAGUUCUUGAAACAUGCUGAAUGUCUUCGUCACAAAGAUAAGCUUGGACCAAUUGUUCAAUGUAAAAAUAACUUCAUUGGUCAACUUGAAUGGAUUACUGGUAAUGUUAAAAAGGAGGAUCAAACAGUGGCUGCUUGUUGUGCUUUUCAUCAAGCUCAUGAUUGCUUUGGUGCGAAGAUUGAAGAGGUUUGUCAUCCAAUCACUGGUUCAGGAACAAAGGAGUUCCUUGAUGAAGUUCUAGAAUCAACCGUUACUGAAGCCAUUGACUAUGCUUGUGGAAAGUAUAAAAAUCUUGAUCAAUGCCAUCAAUUCCUGGAUAAAUCAAUUUGGGAUAAGCUAUUUGAAGUUGGAAAGGAUGCUGCUGCAGCUGGAGUUAAUAUCCACCAUCGGUCAUCCAUAACUGCUGUUGUCGACCUUCUCAAUCAAUUUGAUAAUGGGUCUCGUUAAAUUGCUACACUGAGUACAUUCCGAAUCUCAGCUCAAUUUUUAGCUCAAUUAAGUAAACUCAAUAGUUAUUCUUGAUAAUUUGAUGUUUCAUUCUACAAUUCUUUAUUUUUCGAUUACACAGAAUAUUAAAUUAAAUUAAAUUCAAAAACAA